AUGGCCACCGGGCAUCCCGUCCAAGAGCUCUGCGAGGAAGUCACUUGUCCCAUCUGCCUGGAGCAUUUCCAGGAUCCCAUGAUUAUUGCCGAGUGCGGCCACAAUUUCUGCCGCGCCUGCCUGGCCCAGAGCUGGGGGGAGGCGGUGGCAGAGGCUCCCUGCCCUGUGUGUAAGCAGACCGUCCAGACCAAGAGCCUCCGGCCGAAUCGGCAGCUGGCCAACGUGGUCGAAAUAGCCAAGAAACUCAGUCUGCAGGAGAGAAACGGGGGAGCAGCAAAGAAGGAAGAAGCCAAGGAGAGGAUUUGUGCCCAACACCGGGAGCCCCUGAAACUUUUCUGCCAAACGGAUGGCAUCCUCAUCUGCACGGUCUGUGACAGAUCCAAGCAGCACAAACACCACGAGGUGCUUCCUGCUGAGGAGGCUGCCCAGGAAUACAAGGAUAAGAUCUUCAACUGCUUGGAGACUUUGAGGACCGAGAAAGAGAAAAUUCUGGCCUAUUUAGCAGAUGCUGAAGAUGAAAGCCAAGAAAUGCUUAAAAUUACGGAAUCAGAGAGGCAAAAGACAGUGGCUGAGUUCAGAACACUACAUCAGUUGCUGACAGAACAAGAAAACCGUAUGCUGGCCCAGAUAGAUGAGAUGGAGAAGGAGAUAGGCAGGAAAAGGGAUGAGCACCUGGCCAAACUCUCUGAGGAACUCUCCUCUCUCGAAAGCCUCAUCCGGGAGAUGGAGGAGAAGCAUCAGCAGCCAAUGAGUGAACUCCUGCAGGAUGUCAGAAGCACCCUGCAGAGGUAUGAGAAGAAGGAGACAUUUGAGAAUCCAAAGGCUUUCACUUCUGAGCUGAAAUGGAGGCUCUGGGGCUGCUGUGAUAUAGGACCCUUCCUGGAGAGUCUCAUAAAGAAAUUCCCAGACAAUCUGGCUUCUGGGCUUCAGAUGCAAAAAGCAUAUGUGACUCUGGAUCCAACCGCAGGUAAUGCCAAACUCAUCCUGUCUGAAGAUCGGAGAAGCAUUAAAUGCCAAAGUGAAGCUCAAGACCCGCCUGAAGAUCCUGAGAAAGUUUACUGUUAUGACUAUGUUCUGGGCUGUGAGAGAUUCACAUCAGGCUGCCAUUUCUGGGAAGUCACUGUGGGAAGUGAGGGAGGCUGGACUGUGGGGGUGGCCAGAGAGCCUGUGACGGGCACGUUCACCUUUACUCCUGAGGAGGGGAUUUGGGCUGUGGCGAGGAGUGGGGGCCGCUACAAGGCUUUCAUAAAGGACAUUUACCCUCUCCUGACCCUGAGUGGGGAGCUCAAGAGGAUCCGAAUUUCUCUCAACUACCAUGGGGGGCAAGUGGCCUUUUUUGAUGCUGACAGAGCAGCCCUUCUCUACAGGUUCUCUGGAGCUUCCUUCUCUGGAGACUCCCUCCGUCCCUUCUUUGGUGUGUAUGGUAAAGGUUACAUCAGACUUUCUCCUUAA